GGUUUUUGGUAGACCUGAAAACUUCAAGUCAAGCUUUUAUGUAUUUUCUAGUUUCCCCUAGUUGAUUGGUUCUCAUUUCCUGGUACUUGCUUCUGAUCUAACUUUAAGUUGUGAAAGUAAGUAUCAUAAUUGGAUAGGAGCAAGACAUGGCAGUUCCUAAGAACACAAGCUUGUCCUUCCAAUUUCUUAACUCACUGAAAUCACAGAGUGCCUUUAAGGCGUUUGAUGGGUUGUUUUUUAACCUACUAUGGUUCUUCAAGUUCAUAAUGAUGAUCAUGGUCAUACUGUUCCUGGGGUGGCUUUUCUUAGCUGAUAAAAGAGAACCCUAUUAUCAGUACUCCAAAGCAGAGGAUGGAAAAGACAGAAAGGUUCAAGAUGAAGAUGAAGAUGGGAAGUUUGGUUCUGCAAGAGAGGAUUUGGAUGCUUGCUCAUACUGUGGAAAAUUAUGCACCAUAACCAGAAGAACUUGCUCACGUUGCAAAACUACUCUGUAUUGCUCAUGGGCAUGCCAAGUGACUCAUUGGAGAUUUUGGCAUGAAUAUGAAUGCAAUGAGAUGGAGACAGAACCACAGUAUGAAAGACCUGUUCAUGGUGCUUCUCAGCUUUUGAUCAAGCAGCUUGAAAAUGGAAGUUCUUACUCUUCUGAUGAAGAUGAUGAGCAGAUAACAGAUGCGAGAGAGGCACAACAUGUUGAAGCAAAUGAAGAGCAGCUUAAGAAACAGCUCAAAUUCAAUCUUCUAACUGGAAGUUCUGAGGAAGCUAUUGAGGAACCCCAUGAAAUAGCAGAACAAGUCAGAACACUAAAGGAAGAACUGGCAAAGAUCAAAAAUGAGAAUAUGUCACUAAAAUCAGAGCGUGACAACUGGGAAACGCUAGCAAGGAGUGCUAAAGAGAAACUAGACAGCUUCAUCAAAGAAUCUGAGCACCAGAUGCUCAUUCUGAAGCAUAAAAAGGAAUUAAUAUCAGACUCGGAGAAGCAAGCACGUGCUUUGGUUAAUAGUUUGUCUGAGAAGCUACGCUGUUUGCAGAUUGCAGAGGACAAGAGGGUUGCAGAAAUGAAAAGGCAAGAAGAAUUCAUACUCAUGCUAAAGAAUGAAUAUUCAAAGGCUGUGAGAGAGGUACAAGAAGAGAAAGAAAAUGUGAGAAAGCUGAGAAAGGAGCGAGAUCGGGCCACAGAUUUUGCCAUGAAACUGGCUGAAGAAACUGGCCAAAAACUACUCACUGCACUUGAUGCUGUUGCUGCAAUUGAAUCUAGAAUUGCUUCUCCUUCUCCUUCUCCAGAGGUUUCUCGAAGGAACAGUUUGGACAGAAAUCCAAUCUUCCUUAAUGAACAGGCAUGUGCAAUAUGCUUGACCAAUGAUAAGGACAUGGCCUUCGGUUGUGGACACAUGACUUGUAGAGAUUGUGGGUCAAGAAUGUCAAAGUGCCCAAUAUGCAGACAGAAGAUCAAAAGCAGAGUCAGGUUAUUUCACAGCUGAUUUGUAGAGAUUGUGGGUCAACAAUGUCAAAGUGAACUUUGUGCAGAAGAACAUCAAAAGCAGAGUCAAGUUAUUUCAUAGCUGAUUUAAAUUCGCUUAAGACUUCAUAUAUAUUAUAAACAGUGUGGCUUUCCUUUAACUUUGUGUACGACGUGUCUGUAUCAUUGUGUGUCACAUGAUUGAUCAUAUUAGUUAUCAUGUGAUUUCUAUCACUCAGCAAACACAAGUCAGCAGCACGUCGACAAACUUCUGUACGGCUCAAUGUGUAUAUUUUCUCAUACUUUUUUGUUUGAGAGAAUAUAUAUAUAUACAUACAUAUACACCCACAUAAUAUUGUUGAAGUGGGUCUCAUGACUAAGAUCUUUUUGAUUCUCAUUCUAUUAUUGGAGAAGAUUCUUAUUAAA